UCUCAGUCCGGACUCUCGUAUAAGCGCCACCACAUCUUGUCUAUCUUUGCCUUUUGCUUGCCUAUCUUUUUUGCAGACUAGCAUUCCCCCACAAACAUAUAUCUCUUACAAUAUUUUCCAUCCAAUCGGAUUGGCUUGUACGUCUUUUCCAUUUCCUUGAACUCUCUCUCACUUUCUGUGGGAUUGUACCGUUUGGUUGGUCUUGCUGUCAAAACUCUUACUUGGGUCUGUUUGGCUGCCGAGAAAACAAAAGAAAAACUUGUCUCAAGCUUCAACUAGACUCAACUUAGCUAGGCCUUUGCAGAAACCUUAUCUCAUUUGGAAGUUUCGAAAUCGGAAUAUUGUCGCGAUAAUGAUUUUUUAUGGUCAAUUUUAUUGUUGACUCAGUUGUAUAAUUUGAAUCCCUGGUAGCUUCGUUUCCUGAACCUUCUUUACGGAAGAAGCGAUAUAUUUUUUACUAGCUUCGUUAGAAAGUAGAAUAAAAGAGAAGGAUAAUAACUUUGAAGUCUUUUACUUCUUCUCCAUAUAACUCUAAAACCAAUCCUUAAGCUUCAUUCAAUCAAUUAUUUUUUCAAAGCUUGGUUUGGUUUUAUCCGAAACGAAAGGAAGAUACAAGGUAUUCUCUGUUUGACUUAUGGAGAAUAGUGGAACUAGUUCUUUCCUGAGGACUAGAAGAUUGGAGAGCUGCUUCAAUGCAAGCUCUACCCUUAGUCUUAAGGAAACGCCGAAAAGAUCGGUGAAAGAAGAACUGAGAUCGAAGCGAAGUGCAGAUAUAUAUUUGGAUGAAGAGGGAUGGGGUUCAGUGUUAAUAUCUUGGAUUAGAAUUGUCAUGUGUUUCUUGACGAUGAUGGUUACGACAUUCGUGUGGGCGUCGAUCAUGCUCGUGCUCAUACCGUGGCCUUAUGAGAGGAUUAGGCAGGGGAACAUAUAUGGACAUGUAACUGGUAGAUUAAUGAUGUGGAUCCUUGGGAAUCCUAUAAAGAUAGAGGGUGCUGAAUUUUCUAAUAAGAGGGCCAUAUAUAUCAGUAAUCAUGCAUCUCCUCUGGAUAUUUUCCUAAUAAUGUGGUUGACUCCCACAGGCACUGUUGGCAUUGCCAAGAAGGAGAUCAUAUGGUAUCCGCUAUUUGGACAACUUUAUGUUUUGGCAAACCACCUCCGCAUAGAUCGUUCCAAUCCAACUGCAGCCAUUGAAUCCAUGAAAGAGGCAGCCCGUGCAGUAGUGAAAAACAACCUAUCUUUGAUCAUUUUUCCUGAGGGCACCAGGUCCAAAAAUGGGCGACUACUCAAAUUUAAAAAGGGUUUUGUUCAUUUGGCAUUGCAGUCACGCCUCCCAAUAGUUCCCAUGGUCCUGACAGGCACCCAUCUAGCAUGGAGGAAGGGCAGCUUACAUAUUCGACCAGCACCUCUAAAUGUCAAGUAUCUUCCUCCAAUAAGUACUACUGAUUGGACAGCUGACAAGAUCGAAGACUACAUUAAGAUGAUUCAUGAUUUAUAUGCCAAACAUCUCCCCGAGUCUCAGAGACCCUCUUGAGUUAGAAGGUCUCACGAAUGGCUCCAAUUCAUAGUUGAGGUGCAUCAUCAUCUUUAGAAGGAUGCCCCAAAUUUAGUUGAUACAAUUAUAAGCAUAAUUGAGAGUUGAUUUCGAGAUUAGCAUGAUUUAAGUGUUUUAUACUGCUCAUUCUCUUGCAUGCUUGACCAAGAUUAGUUAUUGACUAGGUUUUCCUUUUUUUGCUCAUGUGUAUAAAUUCCAUUCCUAUAAAAACCAUUUUUAUGCUCA